AUGCUUGACAAUGUUGAUGAUAAAAAUGAAAAUGAUAUACCUGACAAUGUUGAUGAUGACAAAAAUGAUAACGAUGAUGAUGAAUUUCCUAAGGAAAACGUUACUAUUGAAGAGGUUGAUGAUAAAUCUGUAAAAGAAAAUGGUACUAAUGAAGAUGUAGAUGGUUUAAUUCAUAAUAAGUCCAUUCCCUUCAAUAUCUAUGAUCCAAGUACUUGGAAUAAUCUUGAUAUAAAAUAUAGAGAUUUGCCAGUGAUAAAUAGUCCUACAAGAGACCCGACACUUGAAAAGGGUGCAAAAGAUAAUUUGUCUAGAUGUUUCUCUUCAAGCCAUUACACUUGUUAUUUAUCAAAUGGUGAGAAAUGUGAUAGGCCACGACAGGUGUAUUCAAAUGAUCUUGAUAGGGUUUUUUGUUUUUGUUGUAAGUUAUUUAAAAGAGAUUUACAAAAAAGUAGGUUAAUACAUGAAGGAUUUAGUGACUGGGUACAUCUCAGUGUCAGGCUUAAAGAACAUGAAAUGAGUAGUGUGCAUAUCAACAACAUGGCUACUUGGAUUGAUUUACGUGCUAGAUUGAACAAAAAUGAAACAAUUGAUGUAGAAAUUCAAAUUGGAAGGAAGUACUACAAAGAAUAA